UCAUAAUGCACAAGACUCCCUCAUUCCCAGAAUAGUCGUUUCGUUUUCUUUUUUCUUUUUACUCUUUUCUUCUUUCAGCAUUCGUUCCUUUCUCGUGGGGAUUUCCCCUUUCAUACAACGCACUCUCGUGUCUUUCCAUCGCUCCCAUAGAUCAGGACACUGCGUAUCGAUCUUUACAUCCCUGACGCACGGCGUGCUUUCCCGUGGCCCAUUCAUUCCCCACUCGACCGCUUUUUUUUUUUGGCCCCUUUCCUUUUUUACACGGUCGUCUUGUCUCACGGACUUCCUCUCAUCUACUAUAUUCUAUUUGACUGGGUUUAAUGCCUGUCAAAUGCAACAACAUAAACAUUCAGAAUGAGUGUUGUCGCCAGUAGACCUGACAGCGCCGCUGUACCCUAUUCGCCAAUUCCUCACCAAGGCCGUGGUUACAAGGAUCCCUAUACAGUGUCGGUGCAGCCGGUCUCAUCCCGCACGUCAUCCAUAUCCUCCUUUAAGUCCAAUUAUAGUGUGUCAACAGCCCCAACGGCGUACUCCCCGAUCUCGCCUAGCUCCUCAUAUCAUCUCUGCGAUUCGGCUGCGUCUUUGGAUAAAAUUUUGGAGUCUAAGAUUAAGCGACUGCCUCUGGACGUGCUCGACAAUAUCUUGAAUCAACUGGAAUCCUUGCAUACGGGCCCAAACCAACAAGGGUGUCUAACAUGCUACCAACGCGACUUGUACGCUCUGUCUCUAACCUGCCGGACCUGGGAAAAGGCGGUUAGGCCAAAGCUUUACAAUCGGAUCCAUAUUAUCGGCAAUGAUUCCCCAGCCCAGUUGAAGAAAUAUCGGAUGAAGCGCGGAAGCCGGUUGAAACUUCUACGGCGCACUCUCCGAGAAAGAAAAUUGCUCGCCAACCUUGUCCUUGAACUUCGUGUCCCCCAGAUGGACCUUUUGUUUACGCAAGGGAGGCAGAGCACCCAAUGGGAAGAGUACCGAGACUUAGUGGCAUCGGUCGUCAUGGUUUGCCCAAACCUGGAACGGUUGUUGGGCUUGAGUAUUCCGUAUAACCACCAAUUCGAUCGUUUGACCCAUGCAUUAUCCACACGACGGAAGUUGAAGGAGCACACAUGGCUCUUGGGUGAGGCAAUGGAUGUAUCGGAGGGAUCGCCUCGCAGCACCUCUUGCCCUGGAAGCCUGGGUCCCUCACAGAUGUUCGAGUUUCUGGACUAUCACGUCUCGUGGACAAAUCUGGAAACUCUGAUGUUGCACGGGCUGAGCGAGAAUAAUGCUCUCGAACCGAGCAUCUUUCUACGCAUGUUGAGCCUCUUGCCAUCGUUGCGAAAUUUGUGCAUCGCAAACUUCGACGCAGAAGCCUUCGCGGAUAGCACUUUGCUGUGCCUCCCAGCUCUGGAAUCGUUGCGACUGGAGAACCUCCCUGGUGUUACCGAUACGGGCUUAUCGCAGUACACUUCACGCGCUGAAUCACACUCACUCAAAGUAUUGGCCCUAAUUGAACAAAAUAUUGAAUCAUUACUUGUGAUCUCCAAGAUUUUGGCAUCCUUGCCACAAUUGGAACGGUUUAAGAUCGUUCAAAAUAACAAAUGCCCCACCCUGAAUAGUGAUGGCAUCGUCUUCCAACCGUUAUUCGCUUCGUCCAGCCUGAAAUAUCUUCACUGGGAUAUUGCUUGUCCGAAUCCUAACACUGCACUCACAAGGCUAGAUUAUGCUCCUUUUGUGAAACCUCCUAGACAUAUGAACACGCCGAAUUCUCAUCUCGCUCAAAGCAUUAUCUCUGACGGGUUUCCCCGCCUAGAGGCGCUUCGUGCGCCAUCUGAUAUAGAGCCUCCUGGUGUUCUUCAGGCUGUCUGUCAGCCUAUUCCCAGGGGUCAGGCCCUUCUUCAACCCGAUCGAUAUAGCCUCCCUCGCAGCUCCCACGGUUCUGUUAACACACGACCAAUGGCCCUGCCUGCAGGGAACAACCUCACAUCUGCUCGAAUACGGGCGCAGACCUUCAUUGACAUGGCUGCGAAGGACACAGAAACAGGAAUGCGGGUAAUUGUCACUGACCAUUCAGACGGCUAUGUGCCGGACAGUGCAUUAGAAGACUUGUCGGAUGAUGAAUUGGAUAUGGACUUGGACGACUCUGGAGAGUGGGAUACAUCCGAUCAACAGCGGGAUGAUAGGUCACCUGAGAACCGCGACGGGCCUCUGAUUGUGUGCGACUUCAGGAUGCCGGCUUAUAUGGGUCGAAUUGGCAGCAGGGAGAAGGACAGAGACGUAUCCAUCCCACGGUUUAUCCUGCGUCCCGACAUACAGGGACAGGAAGCCGACGGUGGUCUGGUUGGCUGGAGGCACAUACUGGCAUCAAAUCAGUCAUUAACGUACGCCGCUGGGGUUGGAGUGCACUGUUUUGGAAAUAAAAACAGCAGCAGUCCGCUCCCGGAGGAGCCCCCGUCUCCCGCAUCGACUACAGUCAGCCGAUUUGGAUUUGGAAGCAUUACCAGGAGUUCAACAUUUGGGACUAGUCCGAACACUCCCAUCACACCGUUGACGCCGAUGAGCCUCUCAUCCCCAGCUGCACUUCCCUGGGACAAGGACACAUGCACCGGUUCCUGGAAUUACAGCCAUAAAAAUGGCCGAGACUGGUGGUCCCAUGUGGAGCGUGAACGCCCGGGGAAUGUUAAGACCAUUGAUGUUAAACGGCUUUUCUAACCAGUUAACGAUUCUCGCUCAGAUUUGAACAUUCUCACGAUUUAUAUCACUCGUCUUACGCCCCUUCUAUGUUUUCAAACCGUUCCCUCUUUCAAACUAGCAAGCUGGCAGGGCCCAUGCAAUUGAAGUUGCGCGAGAUGGCGUUCUGGGUGGACA